AUGGAUUUACGUAGUGGAAAAAUAGUAGACUUUAAACUUGUACAAAAAGAUAUGGUAAAAGGAGACUUAGAAAGAAAAGGUUGUGAAUUAUUACUUAAUAAUCUGACCAAAAACCAAAAUUUUAAUAUUAAAUUGUUUCUUACUGAUCGACAUAAAGGAAUUCAUUUUUACAUUAGAACACAACAUCCUGAUAUACAACAUGAAUUUGAUAUGUGGCACCUAUCUAAAAGUUUGAUGAAAAAAAUGAAAACCUUAGAAAAAAAAACAUGA